UCCACACUGUCCUAGCCCUGUCGUUCCUCGGCGCCUGUCCCGCACCGAUCGCUGCCCCUCCGCCGCUCUGUCCAUGCGCCCGGGGCGGCGCCGUGUGCUGCGGCACAGCCUACCUCCCAGUCAGCCGGCCGGCCGACCGUCAGCGGCCGUCCGCCCAUCGGACUUGGACGGGGCCUGACGAGGAAACUCCGGUCAUCGCGCACCGCCAGGUGUUCCAGGAUGUUUACUGGAAAUAUCGAUGCAUUUCGCUGAAAAUUAUAUCCACUCUGAAUUACAGAAACAAUUAACAUGAUGUCAGACUGCAUCGCCUUCUUGAUAAAGCCGGACGUUGAAUUAUUGGCAUGUCCGGUAACAACGCGCUGGCUUGCGAGGCAAAAUUGAUGCAAGGAUUGCAGUGAAUGGUAACAGUCAUACAGUCUGACAGAAUGAGUGAAUGAGAAAAAAGCGAUAUGGUCCAGAUUCCAGAAAAUUUGUGUUAUUUACGGACUUGAUUCUUAUUCAAUUCAUAACAUUUUCCUAGUUAAUGUAACCACUGAAUGAUUCUAAGACGUUGAGUUUCAUUGGUGAAUAAUAAUUCUAUGGAGGCAAGCAUAUUUUUUUAACACUUACUUUGGUAGGCACUACCGUACGAACAAAUUUUACGUGAAGCUCGAAGCAACUGAAGGCAAGAGCGGCAAAAGCCGAACUACUGAACACGUUUUUUGGUCAAUGCUGGGGCGCACGGCACUCGCUGGCCGUGCUCGGCUGUCUCGGCUUCUUCGUCUCCUUCUCCCUGCGCGUCAACAUGUCGAUGGCCAUAGUGGCGAUGGUGAACCACACGGCGCUGGCCGAGCUGUCGCACCAGCACCCGGGCGGGCCCAACGCCUCGGCGCCGCCGCCAGACGUGGACAUCUGCCACCAGGGCAAGGCGGCGCCCAAAGAGGAGGUCGUCAUCACUGAGGACGGGCCGUUUGUGUGGACCGAGAUGAUGCAGGGUGUCAUCCUGAGCUCCUACUUUGUCGGCUACACGGUGUCGCAGAUCCCGGGCGGCCGGCUGGCCGAGCGGGUGGGCGCCGCGCGCACCUUCGGCGGUGGCAUCUUCCUGACGGCGCUGCUUAACCUGCUGACGCCCGUCUGCACCCACUGGAGGGUCGAGGCGCUCAUCUUCAUCCGCGCCCUGCAGGGUGUGGCCAGCGGAGUGACGUGCCCGGCCAUCCACUUCAUGCUGUCCCGCUGGGUGCCACCCCCAGAGAGAAGUCGAAUCAGCACCUUCGUGUAUAUUGGCAAGCAGCUGGGCACGGCGAUGACGAUUCUGGCGUCGGGUCCGCUGGCCGGCUGGCGCUGGGCCGGCGGAUGGCAGUCCAUCUUCUACGUGACGGGCGGCGUGGGCGUGCUGUGGUACAUGUGCUGGCUGUUCCUCAUCUACGACACGCCGGCGCAGCACCCGCGCAUCUCGGCCAGGGAGCGACUCUACAUCGACACCUACUUCAAGCCGCACGCCGUGCCCGCCGACUCGGAGAAGCCGGUGGGUUUCCCGUGGAAACAGGCGCUGAUGUCGCGACCUCUCUACGCUCUGAUUGUGGUGCACUUCUGCCAAAACUGGGGCGACUACAUGAUCAUGACGGAGCUGCCCACGUACAUACGAACCGUGCUGCACUACCCGCUCAGCAUGAACGCGUUCUACUCGGCGAUCCCGCAGCUGGUGAAGGUGGUGUUUGCGCUCACCGUGUCGUUCAUGUCCGACGGCCUGGUCAACAGCGGACUGGGCCUAUCGGCCAACAGGAAACUGUGGAACUCAGUCGGCAUGUAUAUCCCGGCGCUUAUGAUGGUCGGUGUUUCGUACACCGGAUGUCACGACAUAGCCGUUAUCUCCUUGAUGGUCGGCACUGUCGGAUUCAACGGAGCCAUCUUCUCAGGAUACAACAUUAACCACAUGGACCUGGCUCCGAAUUUUGCCGGCACACUGAUGGGCCUGACCAACUGCGUGGCCACGCUGGCCGGCGUCCUGGCGCCGUUCGCCACCGGCUACGUCAUCAACGGACACCCCACUCUAGAGAACUGGCGCACAGUGUUCAUGACUGCCGCCGGGUUCUUCGUGUUCGGGAACACGGUGUUCUGCGUGUUCGGCACCGCCAAGCAGCAGAAGUGGAACGAGCCUCUCGCUAUGUACGAGAACAAUUUGGGCCUUGCCUACUCCGAGGCGGGCGCUGCGGAAAAGGGACAAGGCAAAAAGGACGCCGGCAUGACUGGCGACGGUGCCAAAAAGGACGGCUGGCCACUAAAGAAGGCCGUGUUGUGAUCACCUGCUGCGGCGAACAGCUCAGUUAAAGAACGAUCUAAUGAGUAAAAUAUUAGAGUAUCGUGUCGACCAUUAUUUUCAUGAGCAUUGCUCAACUGCUGCACUGAAACUCCAUGACAGCAUCUGACGUCAGACGGAGUCCAGCGCUUUCAUGAAUCGUGCGGCGACUGUUCGGGGGGCAUUAUCGAUGGAUGUUCUGGACGUGACUCGUGUGCCGAUAGUCGGCCGUGUUCAGAGCUCUGAUCAGCAUCGGACAUUGCUCAUUGAUGAGAACGGCGUGCCGAUAUGAGUGAAGACGUGCGUUUGACGUUCGCAGUGUCUUAGGGAGCCUGUGUGCUUGCACCAAGACACUGUUCUUGACCUUUGUUGAUGAGUGUUGAGUUGUUCAGUAUUUAAAGUAUUGAUGGUGAAAUGCCAUUCGUGUAUUUAUUACAUUUCACCUGAUGAAUGUCAACUCAGGGUAUGCAACUAUUUACUCAUUGGGGCUGUGCUGUCAUGUGACGAGAAAUCGAGCAUUGCCAGUAGGUUUAUUUAGAAGAGCGACCAUCCAGGAUGUGUGCACAAUUGGGGGGUUUUGCAUAUGGACUAACAACUAACUGAUCCGUACAGACUAGUUAUUUAUUCCAAAUGUUGCGGAGAGAGCAGGCUAGAUGCUGUAUCGCAUUUGGUGCAAUGGAGAGAUGAGACCAUGAUGUGUUCAGACAUCGAUGAGUGUAAUAAACGAGAUUCGUUUU